UGAAGUGAACACGGUCUCCGCCGUCAGUGCAGCACUGGACUUUCCCUUUCAGGACUACUUUUGAACACUUGAAGCAAAAUGAAGCGGGGUCACAAUUACAGCUCAUCUGACAGCGACCUGGACGACAAUGUUGAGGUGGAGAAGGACAGUGGAGACGAAAAUGGUCAACUUGAUUCCCACGGCUCGAUGUCACCGUCCACAACGACACAAGUUCAAGCCAGAAAAAGGCGCAGAGGGAUUAUUGAGAAACGGAGACGAGACAGAAUCAAUAACAGCCUUUCAGAGUUGAGAAGAUUGGUGCCAAGUGCCUUUGAGAAACAGGGUUCAGCUAAAUUGGAAAAAGCAGAAAUUUUGCAAAUGACUGUGGACCAUUUGAAGUUGCUUCAUGCGUCUGGUGGCAAAGGUUUCUUUGAGGCUCACUCUCUUGCAAAGGAUUACCGCAGCCUUGGCUUCAGGGAGUGUCUGGCAGAGACAGCUCGCUUCCUGAGCAUCAUAGAGAGUCGGGAGAACACAGACCCCCUCCGUGUACGACUAGUGUCCCACCUCAGUAACUACGCCUCUCAGAGGGAGGUGCACACUGGACUCGAACACUUGGCCUGGGGCUCUGCUUAUGGGAUCGCCCCUGCCCACCUCCCACACCCCCUCCUCCUUCAACGCCCACAGGCCAGGACACCUGCAUCUAGAGGCAACAGUAGUCCACCCUCCUCCUCCUCUCUUUCCUCUACAUCCUCCUCCACUGCCACUGAGGCAUCUGGGACAUCCAGACUCAGUGUCUUGCCCGCCACAGAGUCCCUCAGGGUGCCUCCAAACGGCUCCAUGCCUCUAAGUCUGACCAUGCCAACAUCCAAGCUCUCACCACCGCUCCUUUCAUCCCUCUCCUCGCUGUCGGCCUUCCCCCUUUCCUUCGGUGCCUUCCCUCUGGUCUCUGCGACGGCCCUCAGCACAUCAAGCCCCUCCUCCACCGUGACGAAGCCUUACAGGCCAUGGGGGACAGAAAUUGGGGCCUUUUAAGCUGACAACUGGAUUGAAGGGGACAGCUGAGCUGUGCCAGGCAGGACAACCUGCUUCACCUUUAGGCCUUUAUGAAACACAGGGGAACAAAACAACUGAUUUUAUGUUAUUAUGUAUAAAGGAUAAGGAUGUGGGUUCCUCUCAGCGUGCCAUCACCCUUAUAAAGAAAAUUAGUUUUCAUUGAAUAUUGUUAUUCAUUCAAAUGUUUAGUUAAUUUAGUUAACAUCCACUGUCUCCAGGUUGAGAACUGAUAUAUGAAUGAUGGGCCAUGAAUAGAUUUAUUGUAAACACAAAUGUAGAGGUCAUAUUUCUAAGACCACUUAUGGUCACUUAUAAAUGCCAUUGUGGUAGAACUAACCUCCGGUGAAUGUGAAGCUUUCUUUCUUGUAUCAAUUUGUAAUAUUUUGGUAACAAUAAAUUAAAGUAAAAAACUGGAUUAAAAGAAUUUGCUCAUUUAACUCUAAAACAUUUUAUUUUAAGUGUGUGUAUGCUGAUUGUUUUUCAUGACAUUCCUAAAUUACUUGUUGGAAAAUGUCUGCGGUAAUCCUUUUUAGGUUAUUACCCGGGCCUUAUUAUGAGGUAAUAAGGCCCGGGUUAUUGACUGAAAGGCAAUUCCUUUACUAUGUGCCAGAUAAGUAACCAAAUCUGAGAGCAUUGUUGCCUUAUGAAUACCCAGGAAAUCAUUAAGAGCCAGAGGAAAUCCUUUACAAUGUUGCCCUGACCUCACCAGCCCGGGUUAGUCUGAAACGGAGACAAUAGUGUGAACAGGAUAAGGACAUUUGGGGAAAACAGUUAAAAAAGUAACAACAGACAGCUGGACCAAUAAACUAUUAUCCAUGGUGGUUUUUUCUGCUUUAGUCUAUGUGACAUAAUAUUAAGGGCUUCACUGUUUAAAUUACUUUUUUUUUCCCCAUCUUUUCAAGAUUAGGCUUCAGGGGGAGAUAAUCACUCCCUGUGAUUUGCUUCCUGAGGGCUCAAUGCUUUUUUAAUAAUAUAUGAUCUAUAUUGUCCUUUAAGUGCUGAUGAAUGACACAAACCUUGUUCCCUUUAAAUAAGAUGUGAUUGAAAAUUUUAAAUCAACAUUUUUCCAAAUAAAUGAUUAUCCUUAAAUGAU